AACAUAGGAGAAGCAGACGACGCUGGCUGGAGGAGGAGAGAAAAACAUCUCAUCAACUCAAGUGUUCGUGAAGUCAGUAUUACAACAGUCCAAGUUAGGGUACCUCCCAGACUGGCAGUGGAGCAUGUAGGGUAGCUAAAGUGGAGUGCAGUGUGGCAUUUGAGCCCACUCAACUUGGGGAUAAUGUGACAGCUAACUGCAGACUCCAGAAUCUCAAGAGAUAAGGCUGUGAUAAUAAAGGAUCUGAAGAUAAUUAUAGAAAUAGGACAUAGAGUUAACCUUCAGUUUUGUUAACAACUUUUCUGAAUAGUUGUACUGUACUUAAAAGUUCCUUAGAAAAGGCAUAAUAGCUAGAACUCAAAUGCUCAUAUAUUAUUUAUUUAUCACUGAAAUCUACAUCAGUGCUGCUCAAAAUAUACUGACAAAAUAUAUAUAUAUAGAGAGAGAGAGAGAGAGAGCAGUUAAUCAGAAUUCUAAACAAAGUAGAGACUAGAGAGUUUGAACUGCCAUAGGAACUGCCUAACACCAAGCAUAACCAAGACCCCCAACUCAGUCAUUGUCAUAUUCUUCAUGAAAUACUUUUACUCUUAUGGUUGACUUUGAAAUUAUAUAGUCAAACCAAUAAGUCUGUAAGUACGUUUUUUGCUGCCAAUCAUAUAGGCAGUCAGUAUUCUUCGUGGAAGAAAAUUUCGCCCUCACCGGAGCCGCUUUAGAGGAAGAAUGGCGGCAGUUGAGGGUCAAGCCACACAACUAGACUUCCAUCAGGCUAUGGAAGACUUCAAAACCAUGUUCCCAGAUGUUGAUGCUGAUGUUAUAGAGGCAGUGUUACGAGCUAACCAAGGGGCUGUUCAUGAAACCAUUGACCAGCUCUUGACAAUGACCACAGACACUGAAGGUCAAAGUGAGAGUGUUGGUAGUCAACUGUGUCCACAAGGAGUAGGUGGAGGUGCCAGUAAUGAAUUGCCACCAUCUUAUGCUCUAUCUGCCACUCCGCCCCCAAGUUACCAUCAAGCUGUCCCCUCACCACAUCGUUCUCCACU